GAACAAGUCGAGAACGGCUCACAUCUCCUAUGAUCAAAUUUGACAGAAGAAUCAACAGCCAAAAGAGAAUCGGCGAGGAUUAAAAGGGCAGUGCAAGUUCUUGCUGCACGAUUCAAUACCUCUUAUUACCAUUAUACCACCGAUAAAUAUACGUACAAGUGGAAGAGUUUCUACGCAAAAGAGAUAACCUUCAGGCCACCGUAUUGGACCGGAAAUCAAUCAACAAUCGCCGCAGCACAAUACAAAAUAAGCCAAACUCGAUUUCAAGAUGUCGAUGCGUCCGGAUGAUCAUCGUCGAAAGUGGGACCGAAAGGAGUAUGAACGCUUAGCUCAAGAACGGCUCCUGGCCAAAACAUCAACCGCCACCGAAGAUGAACCCGUCACCAAGGAGUUGCUCAAGCAGCGGGAGUACAAGGUUGACUUGGACUCCAAGCUGGGCAAAAGUAUGGUCAUUAACAAGAGCACCCCAUCGUCGCAAUCCGGAGGGUAUUACUGCAAUGUAUGUGAUUGUGUCGUGAAGGACUCGAUCAACUUUCUCGAUCACAUCAAUGGCAAGAAGCAUCAACGCAAUCUGGGCAUGUCCAUGAAGGUGGAACGGAGCUCCCUAGAUCAGGUCAAGGAGCGAUUCAAGAUUAACAAGAAGAAAACCGAGGAAAAGAAGAAAGACUACGAGCUGGAAAGCCGGGUAAAGGAAGCCAAAGAGGAGGAGGAGCGCUACCGAGAGUACAAACGCGAGAAGAGGAAAGAACGCAAACGGAAAAUUGAGGAAGUGGAGGAAAGUGAAGCUGGGACCUCGGAGUUGGCCGCUAUUAUGGGAUUCGCUGGAUUUGGCGCCAAGAAGAAAAAUUAAAGGAUUGCGCUUCGUCGAAGAAAUGGUAUUACUCUGAUCACUGGACUCGUUCUACAUACAAAACUAUGUUAGAAGCAGCUGAAUACAAUCUCACCAAAUAACGUGUUUGAUCAAUCAACACCUGUAACGGUAACUGCGUAUUUCUAGAUAUCCGUGCAACCAAAACAGUGUGCAUUGAACUGUACGGUUUGACGGUCGGAACGACCACAAGAACUGUACGGUGUGUAAACGUCCUAACCAGUAGAGCAACAAAACAACUAAUUGAAACAGCUGAAUUUCUAAGUGUUUUCACUUAAGUUUACCUUUAGAAGCAUAAUCUAAUAUGAUGACUUACUGCGCGAUAUAGAUAAAUAUAUUAAAUUUAUUAUGCGACAAAUCCA